AUGUCAGAUUUACUAGAAGACUACAGAAAGCGAAAGCUUGACUGGAAAUUGAAAUUGGUUACAGAAUCACCUUUAAGUUAUGUGAGGCGUCAAGCAGAUUUAGUGAAUGAAAUCCUGUUCUGUGUGGAAAUUCCAUGGGGAUUACUUAAUUUAUGGAAAACAAUUCUAGAGCACACUUCCUGUGAAAAUGCAAAUAUUUAUAAUUAUGUUGAUCUUGUUAAUGCUACUGUUGUCGACCAAUGGUGUAAAAUAAAACGUGAUAAUCAACGCAUUAACGAAUUGCUUUGUAAGCAGUGCAGUUAUGUUAGUUCUGUUCAUAAAAAAGCCAAGGGAAGAAAGAAAAACAAUUUAUUAAAUGAUAACGUCUAUAAGCUCAGUGUUAAGCGAGGGGAAGUGGUUGAAGUGAAGUCAAAUCAAGAGUUGGAUUCAAAGUUGCAAUUUGUAAAUGAAGAAUUUGAGAAUUUCAAAAGGAACUACAAUGAUUUGGAUAAGGCCAAAACUAAAUUAUAUGAAGAAAUGUCAUCUGAAAUCAUUAAAUUAAAAGAAGUGCAAGAGCUGACAGAAGUAAACAAAAACUUAAUUGAUUACAUUGACACUCUGGAAAAAAAUAACUCCAUGAAAUGUCAGGGGAAAAAAUUCCAUGAA